UGCUAUCCCAUUCCCCAUGCACACAACACAAUCACAUUAAGAUCUUUCUAUUACUCUCUUAGUCCAAAUACCAAGCCAUGGACUUGAGAAUUUCCAUGUUGGUGUUGUUCUUUGCUCUUCUUAUCUCUACCACAAAAGCUCUAGAUCCCUGUGAUUCACAAUCCAAUGGCAAUGACCUCUCGGUCAUUCCCAUCUAUAGCAAAUGCUCACCUUUCAAACCACCAAAGAUUGAGUCAUGGGUCAACACAAUCAUGGACAUGGCUUCGACCAAUGACCCAGAAAGGGUCAUGUAUUUGUCAAGCUUAGUAGCCAAAAAAAAGACCAGCUCAGUCCCAAUAGGCUCAGGUCAGAGACUCUUUAACAUUAACAACUAUGUGGUUCGAGCCAAACUAGGCUCACCUGGCCAACUCAUGUACAUGGUUUUAGACACAAGCAAUGACGCAGCUUGGGUCCCAUGUUCCGGGUGCGCCGGAUGUUCCAACACCAUGUUCACACCCAAUACUUCCUCUAGCUACACACCGUUGGAUUGCUCUAAGCCCCAAUGCUCUCAUCUACGUGGAGUUUCCACAUCAUGUGUAAGCGGUGGGCCCACUGAUCAAUGUCUGUUUAAUCAAACCUACGGUGGAGAUUCAUCUUUCUCAGCUACACUUGUACAAGACUCAUUAACGUUAGCCAAUGAUGUUGUUCCAAAUUACGCUUUUGGUUGCAUCAAUGCUGUCUCUGGCGGGUCAAUUCCGACCCAAGGGUUAUUGGGUCUGGGUCGUGGGCCCUUGUCUUUGUUAUCACAAUCCGGGUCACUCUACUCGGGUUUGUUCUCAUAUUGCCUACCCAGUUUCAAAUCCUACUACUUUUCCGGGUCACUCAAACUGGGUCCAUUGGGUCAACCCAGUAAAAUCCGGACCACCCCACUUUUAAACAACCCGCACCGCCCGUCUUUGUACUUUGUGAACCUCACAGGAGUGAGCAUUGGCAGAGUUUUGGUCCCCAUAGCCCCAGAGUUUCUAGCAUUCAAUCCCAACACUGGAUCCGGAACCGUAAUAGAUUCGGGUACGGUUGUGACCCGCUUCGUCCAACCCGCUUACGAGGCAAUUAGAGACCAGUUUAGAAAACAAGUGAAAGGUCCAUUUUCGAACCUGGGUGUGUUUGAUACGUGCUUUGCUUCAACAAGUGAAGCUGAGGCACCAAUAGUGACUUUUCAUUUCACGGGCUUGGACUUGAAAUUGCCAACGGAGAACAGCUUGAUUCAUAGUAGUUCUGGGAAUUUGGCUUGUUUGGCUAUGGCUGCGGCACCCAAUAAUGUGAACUCGGUGUUGAAUGUUAUAGCCAAUUAUCAGCAACAGAACCUUCGGAUUUUGUUUGAUGUUGCGAAUUCUCGUGUGGGAAUUGCACGUGAGCUUUGUAACUAGUAGCUUUUAGGCUUAGCUCAAGUUGGCAUAAAAGCUGGUUUGCUUUGCUUUGCUUUGCUUAGAUUGUGCCUUUUUUAUUUUAUUUAUUUGUGUUUCAUGUCACAUAGAUUGUGGCUUAAUGCUAAAUAGUAAUAGUUUGUAAAGUAAAUAAUGAGGAUAAUGAGGAUGUGUGAUGGUCGUAUUUUAUGGCUAUGCUUUAUUACAAUUUACAACAAAUGAACAAAUUGGAGUAUUUGGUUUGCA